AUUAUUCACUUUUUUUUUUGAGAUUUGAAAAUGAUUAUAUUUGAACGAAUUACAAUUCCUAUUAGAAUUGUUUUAAAGCCGAGAAUAUGGAAAUUAAAGUGUCAAAGAUCAUUAAUAAAAUUUUUAGAUCACAAAUACAAAAUAAUUCUCUACCCAACAGUGAAUUUUCCUAUAUCUGCUGUGACGGUUACUAUUACUGGAAUUGUUUACACAUCUGACCUGAAAGAUUUGCGUGCAGCAUUGAAACGACUUAAGGAUAAACAUUUGUUGAUAUCUCGACAAUAUCGUCAUAAAACGAGGAAGAAAAAGAAAAAAUUGAAAAUUGCAAAAUGGACUGGAAGAAAAUCUAAAUUUGAAAUAGCAAUAUUUGUUGUUGUGGUUAUUAUUACAGCUGAUGUUUUUUUUAUACGUAAAUCAGAAUUUAACAUUUGGUGAAUUUUUUGAUUCUUAAUUAUUCUUCAUUUGAUAAUAUAUAAUUGAUAAACUAUACUAUGCGAUCCAAUCAAUUAUUGCCACUGUAUAUUGUAAAUAUUUAUGUGUUUAAAUUUAUUGCCAGUCCACUUAUAAGCUAAUAAGUUCCAGGAAUCACGUGAUAAAUAUGCAGGCUGAGUAUCAGAUUUCUAUCUUCGGAUAUGUUUACCGGAACAUCCGGAAUUAGAUAUAAAAUGAAGUAUUAAUUUGUAGUUUGAUUUCUCAAACGCACAUUCUUAUUUUAACUUAAAAAAAAAAAAAAAAUUUUUUUUUUCCUUACCAAAUAAAAUAAUUUUCAAUGG